UGCCCUUUUAGCAAUAUAGGAUGGGUACUGUUAUGUUGGGACACCUGGCAAAGUGAGACAGUUAAUAUUGGCAAUAAUGCUGUCACCUGUUAACAGUUUACUGUUUUUAAAAGACUGUAACAGACUCAGUUUUAAAGCUAGAGUGAAGAUACUGGUAUCAUAUGAAACUAGACGACUUACGGUAUAUCAAAUAUAAGGUGUCCCAUUUUGCAAGUAGCGCAUGGAAAAAAGUGGAAUUAUAGCCUAUUGUUUGAGGUGGAGUCAUCAAUUCAGUGUUUGAUUAUUCUUUUUUUUCUGCAUUUUGUAGUAAGGGGGUAAUGUUUAUAGAAUUGUAUCAAGUUGGGAGCUACGGCAUUGGGAUGAUUGAUUCAAAUUGCCAGAAAAUUACCACUCUCUCUCGACAGGAGGGUAAAACCCCACUAACUCUCUCUCGCUCUCAAAUUCAAACUUUGGAGAGAUUAUCAAUAACGUUACGUUACGAAUAUAACAAAAAAUCACAGAUAAAAAACCGGUCUCUUACUAUUCAACAGUAGAGCAAGCAAAUUAAAUCUUUUCAGCUGGGGGGAGUGUAGGGACGUAGUCAGAAUAGGCGUUUCAAACUCCUUUAGGGUGAUAGGAAUGCCAAAAGUAUCAAGAAAUUCAGAAUAGCUCAAUAGCAGUCCAUUAGUAUUAAUUAAUUGGUUUACUAAAAUUAUAUUAUUAUUAAUGGAUAGUGGAUAAAAUAAGGAUCUAUUUUUGAACAUUAUAUGCCGACUAUUCCAAAUAAAUUUCUAUGGGGGGAGAAGUUAUGUUUGUAAAUUAAGGUCCAUGCCAACAGCAUUCGUCUGUGGAAUUUAGAUAAGAAUAAGGGAAGUUUCUCAAUUUUAUAAUCACACAGAAGUUUUUGAAAAAUGCUCAGAAAAUUAGAUAUUGUCGCUCUCUUAUCUUAAUAUAUGGAGGUGAAGAAUGACCGCACAGCAAACGGAAUAUUUUUGAUGCAGAUUUAGGUUAAACAAUAUUGUUCUCCUCAACAAAUCACAAGGGGUGAUGCUCUUACAAAGUACUUACAUAGUCUACAUGUCCGUGCCGAAGACUCACUAAGCUAAUUUCUAGUCCCCUCUAUUAUACACAAUUCAAGGUGCGACACGAACAAAAUCUCUUUGCUCUUUGCUGGCUCUUUACAUCUAUUAAAAAUCUGACUCCCCUCUUAUAUUAAAAAUACAAGACGUGACACACACCAAAUUCACUCAGGUCGAAUAUCUGGACUUCUACUACUUUUGUGUAAAGUCAUCUAGUGACAACAGGAAAAGAUGGCAAACUGCAUGUGGGCCCACUGCCUGUGCUGUCGGAGAACUCACAGGCAGCAUUGUACAACUUGAUUAUGUGUGAGGGAACAUCACAGGUUGGUCCGCUACUGUAUUAAUCAGCCAAUCCGCAUACAGGAAAGUUGAGCGCAGGAAAGUGGCACGCGCACAUCCGUGCUGCCACUAAGCGACUUUCAAUGACCGAGGUACCGCCUUUCGGCUGCUUUUCACCUCCGAGGACGAAAGUAGUCCUCGUUUCCGAGGACUACUUUCCGAGGAGGAGGGAGUAGUCCUCUUUUCAGGCUCGUGGAAGCAAAGCCAAGGCGCUGAGCGCAUCGUCUGAUCUUUUCGAUUUUUCGAUGAAGACGAUCGACUUGGGGUGAGUCUGUUUGACUUAAUCUGCCCUUUUAGCAAUAUAGGAUGGGUAUUGUUAUAUUGGGACACCUGGCAAAGUGAGACAGUUAAUAUUGGCAAUAAUGCUGUCACCUGUUAACAGUUUACUGUUUUUAAAAGACUGUAACAGACUCAGUUUUAAAGCUAGAGUGAAGAUACUGGUAUCAUAUGAAACUAGACGACUUACGGUAUAUCAAAUAUAAGGUGUCCCAUUUUGCAAGUAGCGCAUGGAAAAAAGUGGAAUUAUAGCCUAUUGUUUGAGGUGGAGUCAUCAAUUCAGUGUUUGAUUAUUCUUUUUUUCUGCAUUUUGUAGUAAGGGGGUAAUGUUUAUAGAAUUGUAUCAAGUUGGGAGCUACGGCAUUGGGAUGAUUGAUUCAAAUUGCCAGAAAAUUACCACUCUCUCUCGACAGGAGGGUAAAACCCCACUAACUCUCUCUCGCUCUCAAAUUCAAACUUUGGAGAGAUUAUCAAUAACGUUACGUUACGAAUAUAACAAAAAAUCACAGAUAAAAAACCGGUCUCUUACUAUUCAACAGUAGAGCAAGCAAAUUAAAUCUUUUCAGCUGGGGGGAGUGUAGGGACGUAGUCAGAAUAGGCGUUUCAAACUCCUUUAGGGUGAUAGGAAUGCCAAAAGUAUCAAGAAAUUCAGAAUAGCUCAAUAGCAGUCCAUUAGUAUUAAUUAAUUGGUUUACUAAAAUUAUAUUAUUAUUAAUGGAUAGUGGAUAAAAUAAGGAUCUAUUUUUGAACAUUAUAUGCCGACUAUUCCAAAUAAAUUUCUAUGGGGGGAGAAGUUAUGUUUGUAAAUUAAGGUCCAUGCCAACAGCAUUCGUCUGUGGAAUUUAGAUAAGAAUAAGGGAAGUUUCUCAAUUUUAUAAUCACACAGAAGUUUUUGAAAAAUGCUCAGAAAAUUAGAUAUUGUCGCUCUCUUAUCUUAAUAUAUGGAGGUGAAGAAUGACCGCACAGCAAACGGAAUAUUUUUGAUGCAGAUUUAGGUUAAACAAUAUUGUUCUCCUCAACAAAUCACAAGGGGUGAUGCUCUUACAAAGUACUUACAUAGUCUACAUGUCCGUGCCGAAGACUCACUAAGCUAAUUUCUAGUCCCCUCUAUUAUACACAAUUCAAGGUGCGACACGAACAAAAUCUCUUUGCUCUUUGCUGGCUCUUUACAUCUAUCAAAAAUCUGACUCCCCUCUUACAUAAAAAUACAAGACGUGACACACACCAAAUUCACUCAGGUCGAAUAUCUGGACUUCUACUACUUUUGUGUAAAGUCAUCUAGUGACAACAGGGAGAGAUGGCAAACUGCAUGUGGGCCCACUGUCUGUGCUGUCGGAGAACUCACAGGCAGCAUUGUACAACUUGAUUAUGUGUGAGGGAACAUCACAGGUUGGUCCGCUACUGUAUUAAUCAGCCAAUCCGCAUACAGGAAAGUUGAGCGCAGGAAAGUGGCACGCGCACAUCCAUGCUGCCACUGAGCCACUUUCAUAGGAAUGAACGGCGUACCGCCUCCGGGUGCUUUUAUUAUAAUGAAAAACGCGAGUGACGGAAACGAGCACUCCUCCUCCCAGCGAGGGAGCCCUCGCUGGGACUAUCUGGACUAGUAGAAGUCCAGAUAUUCGACCUUGUUCAGAGCCUUGUGGAAGCAAAGCCAAGGCGCUGAGCGCACCGUCUGAUCUUUUCGAUUUUUCGAUGAAGACGAUCGACUUGGGAACUACUCUCAGGAAGUAUCCCGUGGGGAUGACAAAGGUGAAGAAAAAGACUUUUCGUAGACGAACCCGCACCUACAAUAUUAAAGGACUUUUUGCUGACUUCCAGAAGAAGACCAGGGAUGCCAUUUCCAGCUGGUUCUACCCUCUUCUGUCUAACAUCAUCAUCAUCAAAACAUUGGUGUCUCAGUGUGUUGCAUGCCAGGCAAGUCGAACGGAAAUCAAAGAGGAGGUGGAGUAUACCCCAGCAGUACCACCACCAGUAGCAGUGGUAGAACCACAUGAAGCAGCAGUUGACGCCAUCAUAGACAAGGGCAUCCGAGAUGCAUGGGCAGGAAAGCUUCCCUUUUGGCUACUGUCAGUGAUAAGGAAAUACCGGAUUGAUAUAAGAAGGACAGCCCCCAAUAAGGAGCUGGGAAGUGAGGUAAUUAAUGGAUAUCUCACAGUCCUUGUGCAGAACUUCAACUGGCAACUCAAAGAGAUGGCCGGAGUUAUUGAUUCCUUGGCUAUGACUGACAUUUGGAAAGGAAAAAGUUCAGAGCUGAAGUUGAAUCCAAAGGACUACAAGUUGCUUCUUGGAGUCAUAAAUGAAAAAAAACAUUGGCUGCUGAUGGUCAUCUUCCCCUCUCAGGGGACGUCUCUCUUCUUUGACCCAUUUGGGGAAUCCGACUUCCAAAUGAUAAAAUGCUUUUGGGUAACAAGAGCGUUCCUGAGAGACAAGGGAUGUAAUAUAUCCAAUGUGACUGUCAAUAAUCCCCUCCAUCCACGCUCAAAAGACCUCUCCUCAUCCGGGGUCUUCACUCUCAAAUUCGCUGAGAGCAUUCUAAAGGGGGAGGAAGAAAUCAACUUCCAAACCUCAGACGAGGAACUCGCAAGGCAUCGGUUUGCAAUAGCCAAAACCCUGCUACGAAGGAACGCUCCUCCAGAGGGAUUCCCCUCUGGGUAACGCCUCCGGACCGCCCACCUGUGUUGGUGUCCCAGUCUUCCCUGGUCCUGCCUCCUUUCAUCACUGGGUCCAGCCACCAAUCACCAGCCUUCCUGAUCCACCACUCAAGAUGAUAAAAAUUAGGAAGCGUACUUUGUUUUGUUUUUUUUUAUGACUUGAGGUCC